AUGGAUGAAAUCAUGCAUAAGGAAGCAGACGAUGUCUUUGACAAAUCCAACGUGGGACAAAAGCCGGUCGUCACAUACGUAGCCAUUCUUAUGGUGGUAGGUUUCUUUGGCAACAUACAUGUUCUGGUAGUGUUCUCAACCCAGUUCAAGAAAAACAGUAAUUACGUAAUAUUUGUUCUGUCUCUUGCCGUAAUCGACUUUCUGAUGUGUUCUGUUCACAUGUCACUGGAAAUUCUGGACCUUCUUUAUCCUUACGAUUUCUACGGUUCUGUCACAUGCAAAUUGUUCCGAUCAAACCAAUCCAUACUGACCCUUGCGUCAAUUUUUAUCCUGAUCCUGAUAGCAGUUGACCGUUAUCGCCACGUCUGCCAUCCAAUGAGAAAUCAGUGGUCAGUCUCCAGUGCCAAACGAAUGAUCAAAUUCUGUGUGUUUCUUGCUAUCAUCGUGUCUAUUCCAGUGCCUUUUCUUUUUGGUCUCGAAACCGUCAAAGUAUCAGAAAACGCGACAAAAAGGAUAUGCUUCAUUGAAAACGAAUUGGGUACGGAAUACGUCCUUCCUGUGGUUUAUAUUUUGUUUCUAAACUUUGUAUUUGUUUGCGGUUUAGUUGUUUUGCUAUUCACUUACAUUUCUAUUGGAAUCACCACAAGGAAGCGAGCUAAGGUCCACAUGAUGAUGACGUCAUUGAUGCUACCCAAAAAUCGCGUCAGACUCAGAGCUUCACACAAGAAAUGCUGCUGCCUUGAAUGCUUCUCUUGCAAGAAACUCAGCCGGGUUAAACAUCACUCACUCAAAAGUAUAGGCCAUAAAAGAUUUUAUCAAAUAUUAUCAAGACAAAGAACUGUUUUCGGGCGACCUACCUCACAGGAUAAUAAAAAAGCAACCAAGGUUCUUUUCUGUGUAACCGUCAUUUUCAUCGUGUCCUAUCUGCCGUAUGUCACUCUCGGACUUCUGUUGACACUAGGUCAUGAUCUACAGAAUUUCCUGGCGGAUCCUGGAAUUGUGGUGUAUCGACUCAGUGUCAGAUUGCUGCUGAUUAAUCACGUGUGUAACUGUUUUGUUUACGGAAUAUUUGACCAGAGAUUUAAAACAGCUUGUUUUCAGUUUUACCUUAACUUGUGCAGUCGUGCCAAGAUGAAAUUAACUAAAGGAUCCAAGAGAUGA